ACUUCCGGUUCUCCUGAUGAACGGUCUAAAAUCAUCGAAGAUCUUCGAAAUGCAUGUCAAUACUGGGGAUUCUUCAUGGUGGUGAAUCAUGGUGUUCCUGAGAGUUUGAAAAAGGAUUUGAUGAUUCUUGUAUGAAUUUCUUCGACUUGAGUCCAGAAGAAAAGUCGGCUUAUCAGGGAAAAUAUAAGCUAGACCCACACACUGGUGUUGAUAGUGUCUCGUUUUGGAGGGAUCAGUUUAAGGCGUGUGUACAUCCAAAUUUUGGUUCUCCUCCUAAACCAGAGGGAUUAAGUGAGAUUUUAUGUGAGUAUACCGAAAAAUCUAGGGAAAUAAUGAAAGAGUUGCUCAAAGCAAUAAUGGAGGGGCUAGAAUUAGAUGAAGAUGAUUUUGAAAAGUCACUAGAACUAAAUUCCGGUGAUCAAAUAUUUUCUGCGAAUCUAUACCCUCCUUGCCCACAGCCAGAACUUGCCAUUGGUUUGCCUCCACAUGCAGAUCACGGCCUUCUAACCCUACUAAUACAGAAUGAUGUUGAUGGAUUACAUAUCAAGAAUAAGGAGAAAUGGGUUGCUGUGAAUCCAAUCCCCAACUCUAUCAUGGUUAACACCGGUGAUCAUAUGGAGGUAUGUAUAUCACUUGGUAAAUGUUCAUUCACUAAGUUCUCGCAAGAAAAGUACGCACCAUGUUCUUAUUAUGUUUGUUUCGUUUUGUGGACACUAAGCAAAGGAAAGUAUAAGAGCGUUGUUCAUCGAGAUGUAGUGAACAAUAAGCAAACAAGGGUAUCCUUGGUUAUGACAAACGGAUCAUCCAAAGAAACGGAUGCUACUUGAGGAACAAAUGGAGCAUCAAACAAGGCAACCAUGGAGAAAAAAAAUGACUGUUAAGUGUUUGAAUAUGCUCACUUGCUUUUCUGUUCAAAAAUAAAAAAUAAAAUAAUGUAUGUAUUGGAAUUGGAAUUGGACUGUUAAGGGUUCAAAUAAACUAAAUGCAUGUGCGAUAUUUGAGUGGGGGUUCCUCUUCAGAU